AUGGCUCAAUUUAAACGAAAUGAAAACAUCGACUUGAAUACUACCUCCUUCCACAUCUAUACACCACAAGAACCUCCAAAAAAGCGUGCUCAACUUGUUGCUUGGCAGUUCACAGCAUCUGAAAUGGCAGCAGAGCAAACUUGCCUCGUUUCAGAAAGAAAGUCGCAAGACGCAGCUGCCGCUCAGACUGCGUUAAGAAGAGCCCAUGAAGAGCAUGCAGCACAUCUGGGCAAUGCAUUGCAUGGCAUCAAAGAUGCAGGUUUUGGCUCACUUGCAGAAUUCUUAGUGGAGAUGAUGCACACGACCGAUCAGCAACACUCGGCUCAUAUCUCACGCACUUUGGGCACACACGGUCAGCAGCUCCUUGAAGGAAUACAUAUUCGGCAACCUGGCAUCACCAAUUCAUGGGUUACAAGCACCGCCUCACAGCUGCUUAUCAAUGAGGGCAAGAAGCUUGCUGCAUUCCUGCAUCCGCCUUCAGGUCAAGAAGUGUCUGAGCUUUUGAGCAAUUGGUCGCUCGAGAGAAUUCUUGUCAAGGCCAAGAAGCUUGCUCCUACUCUUUGUACCUUCCUUUGUCAUGUUAGCAUGGAUCCUCGCCUCAUAUCAGAACGGCGAGACCUGGACCUUGUCUGUAUUCCUUGCAUUCGACUCUUUACAUAG